CAGUGCCCGCUGUGAUGGCGCUCUUAUCGGACGCUGGAACCCGUUUAGCCUAAUUAACGGGUAAUCAGGUUUCAGGCAGCGCUUUGAAAUAGAAGCGAAUGGCCAAGACCUCGCACCAUUUGGCUACCGACUCUGCAACGAUGAGCAUCAGAUUUAGUGUGAAUGGCUUCCCCUACGAGGUGCAGGCUGGGGACUACGCCCCGGACCUCACCCUGAACGCAUUCCUGCGCCAGCAUCUCCACCUGACGGCCACCAAGUACAUGUGCCUGGAAGGCGGCUGCGGCUCCUGUGUGUGUGUCAUCCGACGACGUCAUCCGGCCACAGACGAGGCGCAGUCGAGAGCAGCCAACUCUUGCCUGACGCUGCUCAACACCUGCGAUGAUGUGGAUAUCAUAACGGACGAGGGAUUGGGCAACCAACUGAGCGGCUACCAUCCCAUUCAGAAGCGUCUGGCCCAGCUGAACGGCACCCAGUGCGGGUACUGCUCCCCGGGAUUCGUGAUGAACAUGUACGGGCUGCUGGAGCAGCAUCGGGGGCAGGUGAGCAUGGCCCAAGUGGAGGACGCUUUCGGUGGCAACAUUUGCCGCUGCACCGGCUAUCGCCCCAUACUGGAUACCAUGAAAUCCUUUGCGGUGGACAGCGACAUUGCAGUGCCUGCGGAGUGUGUGGACAUUGAGGACUCCUUCGAGCUGCUGUGCCCCCGAACGGGACAGUCCUGCCGGGACAGCUGCUCCAGACCGGCGCGCAGGCAGGACAAUGGUGCCGCCCACUGGUAUUGGCCCAAGACGCUGACGGAGCUCUUCUCAGCCCUCAGCCAGGUGCCGAGUGGAGAGCUCUACUUCCUGGUGGGCGGCAACACGGCUCACGGGGUCUACCGGCGGCCCAGGGGCAUACGCCACUACAUCGACGUUAAUGCGGUGCCAGAGCUGAAGCAGCACAGCCUCGAAACGGAUCAUAUUCUGCUCGGCGGCAAUGUCACCCUUACCGAUGCCAUGGAAUUGUUUCUCAUCGCCGCCAAGCGGCCGGGAUUCGAGUAUUGCGCACAGUUGUGGCAGCACUUCAACCUGAUUGCCAAUGUCCCAGUGCGAAACAAUGGAACAUUGGCUGGAAAUAUCACCAUCAAGAAGGAGCAUCCCGAAUUCCCCUCGGAUGUGUUCAUCACCUUUGAGGCAUUGGAUGUCAAUGUUUUGGUCUAUGAUAAUCCCAGUAGCCAGCGGGUUAUGAGCCUCCUGACUUAUCUGAGCGAUGCCACACCGAAACUGGUCAUCGGCGGUUUCAUAUUGAGGGCCUAUCCCAAGGAUAGAUAUAUUUUCAACUCCUACAAGAUCCUGCCUAGAGCGCAGAAUGUUCAUGCCUAUGUCAAUGCGGGAAUCCUUAUCGAAUGGCAGGACCUACAGCGGCAUAUUGUGCGGUCGGCUCGCAUUUGCUUUGGCAACAUUCGACCCGACUACGUGCACGAUCAGCCAAUGGAGCUGCUCCUGCCAGGCAGAGAUCUCUACGAUCCGGCCACAGUCACUCAGAUGUUUGAGCAGCUGCAAGGCAGCCUCCAGGCCGAGGAGAGGCCGCCAGAGGCAUCGCCCGAGUAUCGUCAGAUGUUGGCCUGUGGGCUCCUCUAUAAAUUCCUGCUGGGCUCCGCUCCCAGGGAUCUGGUAAGGGAAAAUUAUCGCAGCGGAGGUCUACUGCUGGAGCGUGCUCUGUCCUCGGGCAGUCAAACAUUCGAGACGAUCAAAAAGAACUAUCCAGUCACACAGGCGGUACAGAAGCUGGAAGGUCUCAUUCAGUGCUCGGGCGAGGCCACGUAUAUGAACGAUCUCUUGACAACUUCGAAUGCCGUCUAUUGUGCCUUUGUCACGGCCAAGCGAGUGGGAGCCACAAUCGAGCAGAUUGAUCCCUCGGCUGCCCUGCAGUGCCAGGGAGUUGUGGCCUUCUAUGCGGCCAAGGAUAUACCGGGAGCGAAUAACUUCGUGACGGUCACCCCGCUUACGCCUGAAGUGGAUGAGAUCUUUGCUGCUGGUCGGGUCAAGCACUACGACCAACCUCUGGGUGUGAUUGCAGCCCUCUCGCAGGAUACGGCUGUCUAUGCAGCCACCCUGGUGCAGGUAACCUACGCCAACGAUCAGCGGAAGAUCUACACGAGCAUCAACCAAGUGCUGGCAGCCAAGCUGGAGAAUCGCAUCGUCUGUCUAAAGAAGGACAGUGGGGAAAAAGAGGUACUGAAUCCAUCUGCUUUGGCGCCUGGCGAUGUAUUGGGUCGGGGUAUUCUGCAACUGGAAUCGCAGUACCACUUCACAAUGGAGCCGCAGACAACAAUUGUGGUGCCCAUUGACAAUAUUCUGCAGGUGUGGUGCUCCACCCAGUGGAUGGAUGGCACUCAGGGAAGCAUUGCCCACAUGCUGAAGGUGAAUGUGAACACAGUGCAGCUCCAGGUGCGACGUGUGGGAGGUGCCUAUGGCGCAAAGGUCACGCGCUGCAAUAUUGUAGCCUGUGCCGCCGCCUUGGUGGCCUCUAAGCUGAACCGGCCCGCCAGAUUUGUCCAGACCAUCGAAUCCAUGAUGGAGUGCAAUGGCAAGCGAUGGGCCUGUCGUUCGGAUUACGAGUUCCGUGCACGUGCUAAUGGAUUGAUCACCAUGUUGACCAAUAAAUACUACGAGGAUGCGGGCUGCAAUCUCAACGAGAAUGUGGUCGAUUUUCUCACACUGCCGGCCCUCAGGAAUGUCUACAACUUGACGAACUCCAACUACAAGACCUCGGGAAGUGCCAUCCUAACAGAUGCCCCCAGUUCCACAUGGUGUCGGGCACCUGGAACAGCAGAGGCAAUCGCCAUGACGGAAACAGCUCUAGAGCACAUCGCCUUCACUUGUCAGCUGGAUCCAGCCGAUGUCCGUCUGGUCAAUCUCCGACCUGGUAGCAAGAUGGUGCAACUCCUGCCCAGAUUCCUGGCCACCACAGAAUACCGCAAGCGACGGGGGCAGAUCAACCUAUUCAACGCGCAGAAUCGGUGGCGUAAACGCGGACUGGGACUGACUCUCAUGGAGUUUCCGCUGAACACGACCGUUGGCUUCACGUAUCCCACGACGGUGGCCAUUUACCACGAGGAUGGAUCGGUGGUCAUCACGCACGGUGGCAUAGAGAUUGGCCAGGGCAUCAAUACGAAGGCGGCCCAGGUGGCAGCCUUCGUACUAGGCGUGCCCCUGGAGCGCGUGAGCGUAGAGAGCAGCAACACGGUAAGCGGAGCCAAUUCCAUGAUCACGGCCAACUCCAUGAGCAGCGAAAUGAUUGGACUGGCCGUGCGCAAGGCCUGCGACACGCUGAACAAGCGUCUGGAGCCCGUGAAGAAACAGCUGGGAAAAAAAGCAACCUGGUUGCAGAUCCUACAGGCUGCCUACUUGCAGUCCGUUAUUCUCAUAGCCAGCGACUCUUAUAAACUGGGAGAUAUUCCCAGCUACAGCAUCUUUGGACUGAGUCUCAGUGAACUGGAGCUGGACAUACUCACUGGCAACCACUUGAUUCGCCGCGUCGAUAUCCUCGAAGAUGCUGGAGAGAGUCUCAGCCCCAACAUCGAUGUGGGCCAGGUGGAGGGCGCCUUUGUCAUGGGCCUCGGCUACUAUCUGACGGAGCUGCUGGUCUACGAUCGCCAGACGGGCCGCAUUCUCACCAAUCGCACCUGGAACUACCAUCCGCCUGGCGCCAAGGACAUCCCCAUCGAUUUCCGCAUAGAACUGCUCCAAAAGAACCCCAAUCCGGUGGGUUUCAUGCGCUCUAAGUCAACGGGUGAGCCAGCCCUCUGUCUCUCCGUGGGCGUACUCUUUGCCAUGCAGCAUGCCAUCCAAUCGGCCAGAACAGAUGCGGGACUACCUCGAGAGUGGGUGCGCCUGGGGGCACCAACCACGCCAGAGACUGUAGUUCUGAAUGCGGGCCACCAAGUGCAGAGCUUUGCCCUGAAGUGAGAUGGGAUAUGGUUGGGUAUACUCCCAUAUUAAUUGCUUAUUAGAUUUAAGUUGUUUGGGGAAUUCAGUGAAAUAUAUAUUUGCUUACACAGUUA